UUGCGCGUUCGCCUGUGCUCAGUAACGAAUUGUCUCUGAUACGCGAAGUUUGAUACGGUGCGCAAUUGCAACCGUUGUAGUUUUUUGUUGGUGUGAAGGAAGUGAAGGAAUUGCAAAAUCAUCUGGUUUUAUGUUUAUACACGGUUUGAAUAAUUUAUGCCGUCCACUAUAUAUUCUAAAGCCAGUGUGAGCACCGCAGAAACAUCAACGUUUCCAGCAACAUACUAAUAUCACAUCCAACGCUGUCACUGAACAGCUAGCAGCUAUUAGUACGUCUCAAAAUAACUGGCUCACACUGGUCCCAGACGUGCUGUUCCUUUUCAGCUGAUCAACGCAUUUAAAUAAGUAGAUAAAUUCAAUACCAUAUUUAGUGACACAAAAACAACAGCAGCGAUCGCGGACAAUAUGGCAGCCGUUGAAGUACGUAAUGGUUAUAAAUAUUAUGGCAGCAAAUCCAAUCCGAAGAUCAUACUUAAUUACCUGAAUAUGAAUGUUAUGCGCGGUUCAAUAUAUGGGCUUCUUGGUGCUUCAGGCUGUGGAAAAACUACGCUGCUUUCAUGUUUGGUAGGCCAACGUCAGCUUAAUAGUGGCAAAAUCACAGUACUGGGCAUGACGCCCGGUCAGCCAGGCAGUGGUAUACCGGGAGCGCGCAUUGGUUAUAUGCCCCAAGAAAUCGCCCUUGUCGAUGAAAUGACGGUAAAAGAGACCAUCUUCUACUUUGGUCGUAUUUACGGGUUAAAAGAAGAAAAAAUAAGAGAGAAAUUCAAAAUAAUGCGCUCAUUACUACAGUUACCACCACCGAAACAGUUGGUGAAGAAUUGCAGUGGUGGCCAACAGCGAAGAGUAUCUUUCGCUUGCGCCAUGAUACAUGAACCAGAAUUAUUAAUACUGGACGAACCGACAGUGGGUUUAGAUCCCAUGCUGCGUGAGAAAAUAUGGGACUUUCUUGUGGAGAGCACUAGGAAUAGCAAAAUGGCUGUGAUCAUAACUACACAUUACAUUGAGGAGGCGAAAAAAGCCAAUUGUAUCGGUUUAAUGCGAAACGGUGUACUCUUGGCUGAGGACACACCAACAAACAUAAUGAUUAAAUUUGAAUGCAGCUCUAUCGAGGAUGCAUUCCUGAUAUUAAGUCAAAAGCAAGGUGACUCAGACGUGGUGCAGGCAGGUAACGUCAACACUUCACAACCACCGGCAGUUAUGCAUUCUGUUGAGGUAAUUGACGCUACCUCGCCAGAUCUCAACGAGACAUGCAAAAAACGACCAUUCGUCGAUGAAAAUGAUAAUAAAACGCAACCAACCAAAUCGACCAGCCGCAACCGCGAACAGGAAACAGAAAAUAGAAAACGAAUAUUUUUCACGACUCGUGGUCGGAUCAAAGCUUUGAUGACAAAGAAUUUCGUACAACUCUUUCGGCAGCCUUCCGGAAUCAUUUUUAUGCUUCUCUUCCCAAUAAUACAGCUGUCGUGUUUCUAUUUAGCCAUCGGUAAAACACCAACAAAUCUUAAACUUGGUAUCGUUAGCGGAGAAGUAAGCGACUAUUCGACAUGCUUUGAUAAAAAUUUGAGGACAGUUUAUAAUCACAAUGACACUUGCGAAUUUCGAAAGAUAUCAUGUCGCUUUAUUGCGGAAUUGGGUGACGAUAUCGCUGAAAGAAUAUAUUAUAAAACAGAGGAAGAAGCCUACAGCGCGGCCAAGCGCACAGAUGUCUUGGGUUAUAUAAUGUUUCCAAGUAAUUUCUCAGAAUCAAUAAGAGCCCGACUGGAAGAUGGUCGGUAUGCGGAUGAAGGCACAGUGGAAAAUGGGGAACUAACUGUCCAUAUUGAUAUGACGGAUCAACAGAUCGGCUACUUUAUUGAGCGCAAGCUACGUGAUAGUUUCGGUUCGUUUAUGAAGGGCGUGUUAAUCGAUUGCAAUCUACCAGCUAGUUUGGGAAACAUUCCUAUACAAUUUCAGGAGCCUGUUUACGGUUCGUUAGAUAUUGAAUUUCAGCAAUAUGUGGCGCCUGGUGUCGUUAUGACCAUGGUGUUCUUCUUGGCCACUCUAAUGACAGCAGCAGUAUUCAUUUCGGAACGCAUGGAUGGUGUUUGGGAUCGCACUUUAGUAGCUGGGGUUUCCGCAAUGGAAAUGCUGUGGGCACAUCUACUGACCCAACUCAUUAUAAUGGCAUUCCAAUCAUUCGAAGUAAUAAUGUAUAUUGGGCUGGUGUUCGACACCUACAACAAAGGUGAUACGGCGACACUCAUUGGUUUGCUAACAUUGACAGCAUUCUGCGGCAUGCUUUUUGGUUUACUCAUUUCCGUUUAUUGCAAGUCGCACACAGAAGCAAAUUUUGUUGCCACCGGCGCAUUUUAUCCAAUGAUAAUUCUUUGUGGAUUGCUAUGGCCACUAGAAGGUAUGCCGAAAUCUUUACAAGAGAUUGUCUUAUUUUUUCCAUUUACAAUACCAUCUAUAUCAGCGCGAAAUAUUAUUGAGAAAGGUUGGUCCAUUACAAACGGGCAAGUUUACAAUGGAUUCAUAGUAAUGUCCGCAUGGAUUGUUAUAUUCUUUACGCUCUGCAUGGUGGGGCUCAAGCGAAAGGCUUAAGCUGAUAACGGGAUUUUGCGCCAAAGAAGAAUGUUGUAGUAUUACAUUAUUGUUUUUAUUUUUUACAUAAUCAUAAGUUUCGUUUUCGGUUAUGUAAAUAAUAUUUAGCAUACGGUACAAAUUCAUACGUACGUACUUAGAAAUAGGAAAAUUUAAAUGCAGGCAUUACAUACAUACCUACAUAUGUAUGUGUAUAUUAGGGUGGUCCAAAAAUACAUGAGAAAAAGUAAAGUCGGAAUUUUUAUGCUCUCACCCCCUAGGAUUGUUCUAUACCGAAAAAAAUAUACCCAUAUUUUUUUAUUUUGAAAUCAAAAAAUUUUUUUGAGGUCGCUCAAAGUUGUCCAUGUAUUUUAUAUGGGGGAAAAACGACUUUUCGUAGGUACGGAAUUCUUCGAAAUCAAUAUUUUUCGAUCGGAAACCUCUGCUUCUCUUCAGGAAAUUGCCAAUAAUAAUACCCAAUCAUUCAUUUACCCAUUUUAUCAUAGUAACUAUAUUUUAUAGGUCCACCAAAGCCCCCAGAAAUGUCAGAAAAUGCUAUGGGGGGAUAAAUAAAAAAUCUUUAGUACUAAAAAAUGGUUAAACAAAUAAUUGGGUAUUGUUAUUGGAAGUCUCUUGAAGAGAACCAGAGGUUUGCGAUCGAAAAAUAUUAAUUUUUAGGAAUUCCAUACCAUUUCUACGAAAAGUGGUUUUUUUCCAUAUAAACGACAUGGAAAACUUUGAGCGACCUCUAAAUAUUUUUUGAUUUCAACUAAAAAUAGGGGUGCAUUUUUUCGAUGUAGAACAGUACUAGGGGUGAGAGGAAUAAAAUUCCAACUUUACUUAUUUUGGACCACCCUAGUGAACAUACUACAUACAUACAUACAUACAAAUAAAAAAUGUUAAUAAAUUAGGCCAGAAACUACAGAAAAUAUCCAAUUUACAUACAUACACAUAUGCAUAUAUAAUUGGGGAACCCACAAGGUGUCAUAACGAGCGUAUUGUCAUAUUUCGUGUAUUCACAACGGCUUCAUAUUGUUGUAUGUAGUAAAUUUUAAACGGUUAAAUAAAUCUUUGGACGACUUGAAACCACAACCAACUAGCUUUUAACAGUAUGAAAACUUAUUAUAUGACUUUUAUGGUACCUUAAGACCCCCUUAGUAUAUCUUUAAGCAUUUAAAAUUAACGACAAAAAAACAAUACGAGACUUGCGACACCGUUGUGAAUAUCCCGAUAAUAAUACAUUAUUGUUGUUAAGAUAAAUAAGUAUGAAAUUCAAAACAACAACAAACAAAAAGAUAAAUUUGUCACUACAAGACUUAUCAUGACACCUUUUGAAUCCCGAAAAAGUUUAUACAAAUUUUAAUUGUGAUCUGCGUACAAUAAUUUUUUACUCUUUUAAUUAUAAAGUGGUAGGGAAAUAUGAAAAACAUUUUAUAUGUACAUAUAUUUAUAUAAUUAGGAAGGAACACCAAUGUUUGUAUCUAAUGGGAGUAAGUGAUUAAAUAUAAAAAAUGUAAAUAUCAGUUUAAAAAUAAAUUUAAUUUUAAGCAACUACAAAUA